AGCACCUCUGCCCAUUGAAGCCACACGUGAACGCCACGAGCAAGACGCACGGCCAUUGGGCAUUCCAAAGAAAACUUUUGUGCUUUUCCUCCGCGAAAUGGACAUUACUGCCAAGAUGGAAAUAAGCGUAAACCAGCAGCAGUUCAUGCCACCUGCUUGCUUUUUUGCCUCUCAGAGCAUCCAACUCAGUCCGACCGACAGCCAGUGCAGCAACAAGUCCGCGUCGAAGCAGGCGAAGAGGCAGCGCUCAUCCUCUCCGGAGCUGCUCCGGUGCAAAAGGAGGCUCAACUUCGCCGGCUUCGGGUACAGCUUGCCACAGCAGCAGCCGCACGCGGUGGCCAGGCGAAACGAGAGAGAACGCAACCGGGUAAAGCUGGUGAACAACGGCUUUGCUACUCUCCGCGAACACGUUCCCAACGGAGCGGCGAACAAGAAGAUGAGCAAAGUGGAGACGCUGCGCUCGGCUGUGGAGUACAUUCGCGCGCUCCAGCAGCUCUUAGACGAGCAUGACGCGGUGAGCGCGGCGUUCCAGUCGGGCGUCCUGUCACCCACCAUCUCCCAAAACUACUCUAAUGACAUGAACUCUAUGGCCGGUUCGCCCGUAUCCUCUUACUCCUCAGAUGAGGGCUCCUACAACCCUCUGAGUCCUGAAGAACAAGAGCUCCUGGACUUUACCAAUUGGUUUUGAACGUUCGUGAAAGGAAAUACCUAAAAAUCGCAGUACUGCUUGGGAGGAACUCGGAUGUCCUCCAAGAACACAAAGCACUGCGUUUGCGCUGCAGUCCGGUUCGGAAAGACUCGAAUCCACACCCAGAGAUGGCCCAUACAAACCGGCAAACCACGGGUCCCGAGUGUCAAAGAGCCAAAGGACUAAAAGAGAAGAGCGGGAGUCCAGUCCUUCCAGCGUAUUCGUCCAAGAAAUCUAUUUUUAAAAUGACUUUCCACGACACUGUGGCAUAUAUAUAUAUAUAUAAAACAACAACAAUAAGCAAACGUUGUUCUUUUACCUAUGCUAAUGUAAUCAAAGAAGGUUUGCCCCGA